CGCCUGCGCAACUCAUUGGCGCCAAGAUGGCGAUGGAGAUGAGGCUUCCAGUGGCUCGCAAGCCUCUUAGCGAGAGACUGGGCCGCGACACUAAGAAACAUCUAGUGGUGCCGGGGGACACAAUCACUACGGACACGGGAUUCAUGCGGGGCCAUGGAACGUAUAUGGGAGAAGAGAAGCUCAUUGCAUCUGUUGCUGGCUCUGUGGAGAGAGUAAACAAGUUGAUCUGUGUGAAAGCUUUGAAAACCAGAUACAUUGGUGAAGUAGGAGACAUUGUAGUGGGACGAAUCACAGAGGUUCAACAGAAGAGGUGGAAGGUGGAGACCAACUCCAGGCUGGAUUCAGUCUUGCUGCUCUCAUCCAUGAACCUUCCUGGAGGAGAGCUGAGGAGAAGAUCUGCAGAAGAUGAGCUUGCAAUGAGAGGUUUCUUACAGGAAGGGGACCUUAUCAGUGCUGAGGUCCAGGCAGUGUUCUCUGACGGAGCUGUCUCUCUGCACACGAGGAGCCUGAAAUAUGGAAAACUAGGUCAGGGGGUUUUGGUCCAGGUUUCCCCCUCCCUGGUGAAACGGCAGAAGACCCACUUUCAUGAUUUGCCAUGUGGUGCCUCAGUGAUUCUCGGCAACAAUGGCUUCAUCUGGAUUUACCCAACACCUGAGCACAAAGAAGAGGAAGCAGGGGGCUUCAUUGCAAACCUGGAGCCUGUCUCUCUUGCUGAUCGAGAGGUGAUAUCCCGGCUUCGGAACUGCAUCAUCUCGCUGGUAACUCAGAGGAUGAUGCUGUAUGAUACCAGCAUCCUGUACUGCUAUGAAGCAUCCCUUCCACAUCAGAUCAAAGACAUCUUAAAGCCAGAAAUAAUGGAGGAGAUUGUGAUGGAAACACGCCAGAGGCUUUUAGAACAGGAGGGUUAAGGAGGCGCUCCAGAAGGACAGGACUGUGGACCUUGCAGGAGUGAAGACUGUGAUGUGUGGUCCCCAUAUGUGGCUCAGCAAAGACUCGAGAGAGCAUCCCUUUGUCUGCAUUGACGGCCCUGUGACUGCCUCCAGCCCACAGGCCUGCUUUCUCCUGUCCUAACACCAAGCCUGGGUGGCAGAUGAACGGUGCUUCCUUGGGUUCCCUAUUCCAUUAGGGAAUAGUUUCAGCUCUUUCAAAGUGCACAGUGUUCCAGUCGAAUGGACUCCCAUCCUGGAAUAAUAUGGAGAAUCCUUUGUCUUCCACUCAACUGUCAUUCACAAGGCACAGUGCCCCGUGAAAUUGCCCCAAUAGAAAACAUGGCAUCCCUGACCUCCAAAUGGUCUGUUUUGGCCUCUAUUCCUAUAUCCUUUAAAUGACUGAGAAUGCAGCUGGUAAAGUUGGAAGAAUAAAGUUAACCAAGCAGGCCAGGCGCGGUGGCUCACGCCUGUAAUCCCAGCACUUUGGGAGGCCGAGGCGGGCAGAUCACCUGAGGUCAAUAGUUCGAGACCAGCCUGGCCAACAUGGUGAAACCCCAUCUCUACUAAAAAUACCAAAAAUUAGCCAGGUGUGGUGGUGCGCACCUGUAGUCCCAGCUACUUGGGACGCUGAGGCGGGAGAAUCGCUUCAAUGUGGGAGGUGGAGGUUGCAGUGAGCUGAAAUCGCGUACCGCACUCCAGCCUGGGUGACAGAGCGAGACUCUGUUUCAAAAAAAAAAAACCAAGCAGCCUUUUGCUUGGUUGGAAUCUGAUUUUCUGUUGCAUAUUCCUUGUAGCCAUAGGUGCGAUUAUGUUCACACCAGGCUGCCUUAAUCUGUCCUGCUUGGAGAGUGACUUGUAAGAUGCUGAAUUAUUCAUGAUAAUAGAGUGAAUGUUCUGGGUCCAUGUACUCAGAUAAACAUGAAGAAAAUAAGCUAAGAAAAAUGGAGACUGGAAAAGCAAAGCUGUUUUCCUCCUAUAAUUGAAGUAGUGGUGCAUUAACUUGUGGAUAAUUCAGAGUUAAAAGAUAAAAAGACGCCAGAGUUCUCGCUGAAGAAUGUGAGAA